GUCUGGAGCGGGCUCGCGGUUCGUGCUCCAGCUCGGCGCCUCCUCCUCGCCGCACCUUGGGGCUGCAGCAGCUCGGGGGCCUGUGCUGCCCCUGACUCCCCUUCCGGGGGAUGGUGCAGCCUGAGGGCGCCUCCAUCCCCCGCCGCCGCUGACCCCCGGCCCCCACUCCAUGGCCGCCUCGGCGCCGCCCCCACCGGACAAGCUGGAGGGAGGUGGCGGCCCCGCACCGCCCCCUGCGCCGCCCAGCACCGGGAGGAAGCAGGGCAAGGCCGGUCUGCAAAUGAAGAGCCCAGAAAAGAAACGAAGGAAGUCCAAUACUCAGGGCCCUGCAUACUCACAUCUGACGGAGUUUGCGCCACCCCCGACUCCCAUGGUGGAUCACCUGGUUGCAUCCAACCCUUUUGAGGAUGACUUCGGAGCCCCUAAGGUGGGGGCCACAGCCCCUCCGUUCCUUGGCAGUCCUGUGCCCUUUGGAGGCUUCCGCGUACAGGGGGCCAUGGCGGGCCAGGUACCCCCAGGCUACGGCACUGGAGGUGGAGGGGGUCCCCAGCCACUUCGGCGACAGCCUCCCCCUUUCCCUCCCAACCCUAUGGGCCCUGCUUUCAACAUGCCCCCCCAGGGCCCUGGCUACCCACCACCAGGCAACAUGAACUUUCCCAGCCAACCCUUCAGCCAGCCCCUGGGUCAAAACUUCAGCCCUCCUGGUGGGCAGAUGAUGCCAGGCCCCGUGGGGGGAUUUGGCCCCAUGAUCUCACCCACCAUGGGACAGCCUCCCAGAGGGGAGCUGGGUCCUCCUUCCCUCCCCCAACGCUUUGCCCAGCCAGGGGCGCCUUUUGGCCCUUCUCCGCUCCAGAGACCAGGUCAGGGGCUCCCUAGCCUGCCCCCCAACACAAGUCCCUUCCCUGGCCCGGAUCCCGGUUUUCCUGGAUCUGGUGGUGAGGAUGGGGGGAAGCCCUUGAAUCCACCUGCUCCCACUGCUUUUCCCCAGGAGCCCCACUCGGGCUCCCCUGCUGCUGCUGUCAACGGGAAUCAGCCCAGCUUCCCCCCAAACAGCAGCGGCCGGGGUGGGGGUACUCCAGAUGCUAACAGCCUGGCACCCCCCGGCAAGGCAGGUGGGGGCUCAGGGCCCCAGCCUGCCCCAGGCCUGGUGUACCCGUGUGGUGCCUGUCGGAGCGAGGUGAACGACGACCAAGAUGCCAUUCUGUGUGAGGCGUCCUGCCAGAAGUGGUUCCACCGCGAGUGCACGGGCAUGACUGAGAGCGCCUACGGGCUGCUGACCACUGAGGCCUCUGCCGUCUGGGCCUGCGAUCUCUGCCUGAAGACCAAGGAGAUCCAGUCUGUCUACAUCCGCGAGGGCAUGGGGCAGCUGGUGGCUGCUAACGAUGGGUGACUGCCCGGUGGUCCGGGGAAGUGCACACGUCCCUCCCUGCUCUUCCAGGGUGAUUGUUUCAUGUCUGGCUCUUGGUCCUUGUUUCCGCUGGUUUCCCAUCCCCGUGGAGCAGAAGCAGUGGCUCCUGGGAGCAGAAAAGGAACUGAGGUGGGCAGGCGGAAGAGCCGGCGCGCGUCUCUGGAAACUCACGUGCGUUGAGAUCUGUCUGCAGAGAUCCAGGAAACCAAAGUCCUGCUGAGCAGAGCUGUGUUUUUUGGUGGCCAUCUGGAAGUCUAGGAGUGUGGCUGCAAGAAAAGAAGUGGACGGAGGCAGACCCCGAGGGCCGGGGUGUCCGCCAGCGGUGACGGAUGCCCUCUACGCCCCUCUCUAGUCCCGCAGCUCCAGCCUUAGCUUUUGGGGUCAGAGUGUUCGAGGGGUCUGGCCCCAUCCCUGCAGUAGCCUUUUUGUGGGCUCUGGGAGACAGCGUUGAGGAAUACAUGGAGAGUUCUCCCUCACCCUCCCCUCCCCUCUCCCCCACCCCAAGAUCCACCCAACUCCUCCCCCUUCAGAGAACCAAAUAGCUGGACGGAGUAGGAGGGCUCCUGGCUGUGGCUGUCUUUGGUGACUCUUUGGGCUUCGAGACAGUGGGCCGGAGAGGCUGUCGGGAACAUUUUCCUGAUACCAAAGUCACUGGGCCUUUCUCAGCCUCUCUUGUGCUUUUCUCCUAAUGGCCAUAUAUAUAUAUUUUUUUUUUUUGCCAAAAACGAGGUUCCGUGGUCUGGGCGACCAGAACAUUAGACGUCUAGGCUGUCCUGAAGUCUGCACUCGGGUGGCUCGCCCCACCCCCCACCUUGUCCAUCUGUUGCACAUUAUACUCAGCGCUGAUCUGAAACUUUCCCCCGCGCUUGCUUCCCUGCCUCCCUGGCUUGAUUGGAGGAGAGCUGGAGAAGGCAGAGCCCUUAUACCUCAUUUUCUCUCCUGAUAAAGGAUCCAAGAGAGGCCCUGUCACGGCCCUGUGGGUAGGGGAGGCCCUGGGAUCCUCACUGCCAUGGUACUAAAAGGUAGAAGAGCCUGGGUUGUUUUGCUGCUUUUUCCUUGCUGUUCUUUCUUACCAUCUUGGGCCCUCUCAGCCAGCCCUGCACUGGGGGGUGUUUGUGUGUGUGUGAGCACUGCCAGCCAGAGGUGGGACUUGGGGCCUGUUCAGGAGCCCCUGACAGCUGCCCUUUCUUCCUUGCAGCUGGUGCACACAUUCCUCAAAGGGGUGGGGGAGGCAGGCACGGGGUGUGGUGGCAAAGGCCUGCCCUCUGUGGUGUGUGCCCCCCACCCCUGGCACUGCCCUGAUGGAACCAGCAGACUGAGGCUGUGAGAAAGAAGAGGGGGCUCCGGGCUGCUCUGGCAGUGUGGCACUCACCCCCCACCCUCCUGCACUGAGACAGCAUCGGUGGCACCCCCCUACCACUCAGCUUGGUGUUGUGUUUGUGGUUCUGUCUGCCCCUUUGUUGCUACCCACCACGCCUAGGUGUUUUGUCGUGGCUCCUGGGAGAGCUGUCUUUCAUCUGCCCUCUCCACUGCUUUUUCGAAGUGGGGUGGCAGAGGUGUGGUUGUGUGUGGGGGGGGUCUUUUGUAUGGUUGAAUUAAUAAAAUGACUUGAAA